UAACCCUCUCAAUUCGAACUCAAAAAAUCGAAAAAUAUUCCAGACCAAAACCCCUUGCUUUUGCCCUAUCUUCGGACCAAACCCGCUCUCGUCUCUCGUCUCGGGCUUGCAGAGUUGGAAAUCAUCAGAUCAUUAUCACGUAGGGAUCUAGGGUUUUGUUUCUGAUUUCGUGGGCUCUCUAUCCAUCGAAGAAGCAAAGAAUCACAGUAUAUUUCUAGGGUUUUGUGGAUCAAGAAUGGAUCUUUCACAAGAAAUCGACGAUUACAUCAAAGAAACAAUCGGGUACUCCCUUGGCCUCCCUGUAUCUAAACAAACUCUGGAGUUGAAACUUCGAGCGUCUGAAGAAAUCUGUAAGCGUCUUCGAGAUCAGUACAUGAAUCUCAAAAUUAAAUUGAAAGAGAAAGAUGAAGUCAUCGAGCGUGCUAGGGCUGAAUCAAGCAUUAAUGCGCAAGCAUUAAAGAAGUUUGUGGAAGAAAAUCAGAAAUUGGCGAUGGAAUGUGCAAAUCUUCUGAGUCAGUGUUCGAGGUGGGAGAAGGAGUGCUCAUUAUAUGACCAUGAUAGAGAAGCAUUGAUGGAUUUUGGAAACGAGGCCGAUGAACGCGCUAAGGAGGCCGAGAUUCAAGUACAUGAGUUGGAGGAGGAUUUGAGAAGAGUGAGGGAAGAAUUGCAGUUCUGCAAACAUCACUGUGAGAUGCACUCGGUUGAUUCAUCUGCAGAGGUUUCAGCUAUGGAACAACUUCUACUUGAGUCAUUGAUAACAACUUUGGUUGGUAAUGAUGAAGUAGCACCAACUGCACAUGCCUUUUUAGAGACAAAUAGUGGAGUAGAAGUGUGCCAAAGGUUACUCAAAAUGUGGAGUAGUCUGAGGCCUUUUACUCAGAAAGUUCUGGCAGUGGUUGCUGAAGUUAAGACUCUACAGAAAGAUAAGGAACAUCUGAGGAUAAACCUUACUAGAGCCGAAGAGGAGGUGAAUGUGUUGUUUGAAGAAAAUAAAAUACUGGAUAAAGAGAAUAGAAGGUUGAUGAGGCGCCUCAAAGAGGGGUACCAUCCUGGUUCUGGUGAAAAACAUACUGGUAGUGCUUCAACCAAGGGGAACAAGCAAAAAUCAAGCCCCAAGAUGAGUAGUAGCAGCCCGGUUGAAAGGAAAAUUGAUUUCACUGAUGUUGAUUCACCAAGAAAACCUCUGUCACCCUUGCAAUAUAACUCGCCCGACUCUAGAAUGCAUAAGAUGUAACAUGAGAAAUAUUUUUGAAUUGCUCUAAUUUCUUGUAUCCAAAGAUGUUACUGAUCUUUGUAACUUCUAAUUCAUUGCAUUUAAAAGAAUUCACAUUUCCUUGGAACCACAUAUUUUGUUGUUUGUAAAAAGUGUGGUUAAAGUUUUUCAACACGUGGAAGUAUUUUUUGA